CAAUGAAGAGUCCCGUUACGUUGUAAACACACCGUCCACGCGUUGCGACCCUUUUCUGCUGUCGGGGUGAAUUUCCAACACUGCCCGCUGGGGGAAACGCGGUCCAGUCAGCCGCCAUGCGCCGCCUGGGCUCGGUUCAGCAGAAGGUACCGUGCGUUUUCCUCACCGACGUGAGAGAAGAAGCGUCCAGAAAGCGCGAGCGUCAGCAGUUCCAGGUUGUUGCCACUGAAAAGGUGAACCCCGUCGCUCUAGCGGCUAACGUAGACUGUGCUUUGGCCACAGAAAAAGUGGACGGUACGUGCUGCUACGUCGCUCCGCAUCACGAUCAGCUGCACCUCUGGGCCCGAUUCGACAGGAAGCCCAACAAGCAGGCAGAGAAGAGGUUCAAGAAGCACCAACACACUCACAACAGCUGUAAAGGUUUCUCCUGGAACGUGGAGGAGGAUUUUAAAAGCGUGCCUGAGGCGUGGAUUCCUGCUCACAGAGUCAAACAUCUGGACGGACGUCCCGUUCCUGACGAGCAUGGACACAUUCCCGGCUGGGUCCCGGUGGAGCGGAGCAACAAGCAGUACUGUUGGCACUCCUCUGUGGUGGACUACGAGGUCGGGGAGGCUCUUGUUCUGAAGCCCUGCUGCGACGACGACGACGACACGCUGGAAAUCACAGCAGUGCCUUUGGCAGACCUUCAGGAGCAAACGCUGGAGCUCAUCGGAACCAACGUCAACGGAAACCCUUACGGACUGGGAAGUAAGCAGCAGCCCGUCCACUGCCUGGUACCCCACGGUAGGCUCCAGAUCAGGAACCCUCCAGCUGUGAACUUCCAGCAGCUCUGCUCCUGGUUCCAGGAGAGCCCAGAAGGCCGAGUGGAAGGCAUCGUGUGGCACUGCAACGACGGCACCCUAGUUAAGAUUCAUCGCCACCACCUGGGGCUGAGGUGGCCUGACGGCGAACCGGGCCUGGCCAACAGACCCGUGGUCAUCCGGCUGGACCGAACAGCGGACGCUUACAGCAGCAGCCAGGGCCUGUUGGCGUCUCUCCUCCCGCUGAACGGACGGCGCUUCGGUCGGCUUCGGGAUGUGCAGUGUGAGCUGUGAACAGCGGAGACGACGAGGAAAUCAGUGAAAGUCUUAAAAGGGUUUUCUGCGGGCCAAGCGUCGUCGUACUGGAGAGGAAGCUCUAAUGUUUGGUGCCAAACGGGGUUGGAGUGGAUUUAUUUAAAUAUGUAACGUACUUUGAGAAGAGUCCACAGCUGUGAUGUGAUUCUUCACUUAAUGACCUCAUUCCUGUAAAUACUGUAUAUACAAAGUCAUGUGUGACGAAUAAAAGAAAGAAUUUUGACCAUUUAAAAA